AAAUGAAUGGUGGAAAAACAAUUGGAACCAUUUCCCUGUUUGACCGCUAGGUUUUAUGUGUAAUAUUACACCUCCACUCUGGGGCUCUAUGGCAAAAAUUCUACACUUAUCGAUCUUGUCACAUCUUUCUCCAUAGGGGGGCACUGUAGCCUUGUUGUUAGUCCUUACCUGAACCAUAGCAGAAAGCAAUUCAAAGGAACCAUAGAAAUAGAGCAGUAGACCUAAUCCAUGAGUAUUGAAAGUGACCGGUCUGGCUGGGAGUGCAUUAAGCCCAUUGAGAUACUUCUUGAGACCUACAGUAUAUUUCCAUUCUGGCUGACUAUCCUCAGUCCUGAUCAUAUGUUUUGGUGCCAUAUGGCCACAGCUGGAAAAUAUUCAGUCAUCUGUAUUGAUAUCAGGUAAUUGGAGAGAGACUGAAAAGCUGCCUAAAGUCAGUGGACCAUGCUGAUCACUCCCUACGGCUACUGAACCACUCUAGGAGUAUAAGAAUACGAGGAAACUCACUAGACAUGGGGACUUUGGUCUGGUUUACAAACAGACUUGUGAUCUACAGACUCCAACUGCAUCAUAAAGCAUACCCCUCAGCCAUGAAAUCAGAGGAGGUGGUCCGGGGAAUGCUGUACCUGUCUCUCACUGUGGUUGGAGUUCCGGGAAACACUGCUGUCAUCGUGGCAUUCCUCCUGGCACUGUACCAGGAGCAUCAGCUUCUUCCUGCUGACGCCAUUGUGCUGCACCUGGCCUGUGCCAACCUGCUGGUAGUAGGCGUGCGCUGCCUGCUGGAGACCCUGGCCACCUUCCGCCUGGUCAACAUCUUCGGGGACACGGGCUGCCAGGGGGUGAUCUUUGUCUACCGUACGUCUCGCUCCCUCUCCAUCUGGCUCACCUUUGUGCUGAGUGCCUACCAGUGCCUGAGCAUCGCUACUCCCGGCUCCUGCUGGGCCUCCAUCCGUGUCCUGGUGGCUCGCUACCUGGCAGUGAUCUUCCUCACCCUUUGGGUCAUCAAUACCUCCAUGAGCUCGGCAGCCAYAGCCUUCUCCCUGGGCUCCCGGAAUAACUCGGUCAACAUGCAGCACAGCAUUAAUGUUCAAUUCUGCUAUGUUCGCUUUCCUACUAUGCAGUCCAAACAGGUGAACGGGGCUGUCCAGGUAGGGAGGGACGUGGUACCUAUGGGCAUGAUGACCCUGGCCAGUCUGGUCAUCCUUGUGUUCCUGUACCGCUACAGCCAGCAGGUGAAGGGACUCCGCAGCAGCUCUGGGGCCAGCGGUGGGGCAGAGCGGCGGGCGGCUAAGGCUGUAGUGGCCUUGGUGACCCUGUAUGUGGUCCUCUAUGGGGUGGAUAAUGGACUGUGGGUAUACACCCUCACCGUGAGGAAGACCAUGAGCUCCUCACUGAUCUCAGACCUGCGCAUAUUCUUCUCGUCGCUGUAUGCAGCGCUCAGCCCCCUGGUGAUCAUAGCCACCAACAGGAAGGUGAACAGCAGGCUGAGGUGUGUKGUGCAGGAGAGGCCCGUUCAGGACAAAGYCACUACACUAUCUACUGUGUGAGUUAGGGACCUUAUUGUAGUAAGAUGGUAACAAAGAUGAAGAAUGUUGAUUAUAAAUSAAUUAUGUUGCUAUUAGAAUAUGGAGUAGAAAACACAUAGAGCUAACAUUGUACAUUGUUAAAGGCGUGGCAAAAGUAUCUUGACCUCUUGUACUCACAUUUUUUAAGACUUCUUCUGUUUAAUAUUCUUUAAUAUACUGUAUAAAGUUAAUGUUUGAGCUGUUUUGAUUAUUAUGUGGAAAAGUURGUGGCAAGCUUGGAUUGACGGAACUCAAAGGUCAUGAAACCAAUAUAUUGCUACAAAUGUGCCUAGAACAUGGCUAGAAAUUUAAAAAAUAAGCAUCGCAAGUAGUGUUUGAGCCUUUUCUGUCAAAGUCCUAUUAGUGAAAUUGCCAUGAUAUUAAUCAUUCCAUAUUUGUCCUGUUAUCGCUUUGUUUGAUCAUUCAUUAUGCUCCUUCAUCUUAAUUGGAUGGAAACAUUAUAAUUGGAUGACUAACAGCACACUAUAGCUGUCAAAUGACUUCCAGCAGUCUCUUUCAUUGUUAUUAACGAUUUAAUUGAGAUCUGUAAACGUCACACUGCUAAUGAAGGUAGUUAAUUGCCCCACAGAGACCCAGGUACAGUCGCAUGAGAAAACCAACUCUYUUUAGAACAAGAAAGAUUCACUCUGAAUAGAAAUAUCUGAUGUAAAUGUGAAAAGGAUGGUUUUCAUUUAUAGGUCAAAUAAUAAAGAUGAGACUACUAAGA